CUGCGGAGCUUCGGAACCUCGCGGGAGGAGAAGCACUUUGGCCCACGCCCUCCACGGUUCCGGGGGUGAGGAGGGGCACCACGGAGUGUCACGCUCCCCACGGUGAGGAGUCGGUGCCCCGCGGCUAGGCGGGCGGGCCGUCACUGCCCGCCCGUCGCUCGCCUCCCCGCCCCCCGGCUUCCUGCGGAGGCAGCGGCCGCCAUGUUGUUGUGGGGCUGAGGCGGCGCCGGCGGAGAGCCCAGCGGCCGUGACAGGCUGCGCAACAGGUUCGCUGCGGCCCGCCUGACGACUGACCCGGCGGAGGCGGCCACGGCCCAGCAGGGUCUUCCAGGAGCCUGGCCGCGCCAGCGCGCCGGGGCUGAGGAGCGCGCGGGGUCGCGCCGUGACGUGCGCGAGGCGCCAGAUGGCUGAGAGCUGCAAGAAGUCAGGACCAUGAUGGCUCAGUUUCCCACAGCUAUGAAUGGAGGGCCAAAUAUGUGGGCUAUCACAUCUGAAGAACGUACUAAGCAUGAUAAACAGUUUGAUAACCUCAAACCUUCAGGAGGUUAUAUAACAGGUGAUCAAGCCCGUACUUUUUUCUUACAGUCAGGUCUGCCGGCCCCGGUUUUAGCUGAAAUAUGGGCCUUAUCCGAUCUGAACAAGGAUGGGAAGAUGGACCAGCAAGAGUUCUCCAUAGCUAUGAAACUCAUCAAAUUAAAGCUGCAGGGCCAACAGCUGCCGGUAGUUCUCCCUCCUAUCAUGAAGCAACCCCCAAUGUUCUCACCCCUAAUCUCUGCUCGCUUUGGGAUGGGAAGCAUGCCCAAUCUGUCCAUUCAUCAGCCAUUGCCUCCAGUGGCACCUAUAACAGCACCCUUGUCUUCUGCUACUUCAGGGACCAGUAUUCCUCCCCUAAUGAUGCCUGCUCCCCUAGUGCCUUCUGUUAGUACAUCUUCAUUACCAAAUGGAACUGCCAGUCUCAUUCAGCCUUUAUCCAUUCCUUAUUCUUCUUCAACAUUGCCUCAUGCAUCAUCUUACAGCCUGAUGAUGGGAGGAUUUGGUGGUGCUAGUAUCCAGAAGGCCCAGUCUCUGAUUGAUCUAGGAUCUAGUAGCUCAACUUCCUCAACUGCUUCCCUCUCAGGGAACUCACCUAAGACUGGGACCUCAGAGUGGGCAGUUCCUCAGCCUUCAAGAUUAAAGUAUCGGCAAAAAUUUAAUAGUCUAGACAAAAGCAUGAGUGGAUACCUCUCAGGUUUUCAAGCUAGAAAUGCCCUUCUUCAAUCAAAUCUUUCUCAAACUCAGCUAGCCACUAUUUGGACUCUGGCUGACAUUGAUGGUGACGGACAGUUGAAAGCUGAAGAGUUUAUUCUGGCGAUGCACCUCACUGACAUGGCCAAAGCUGGACAGCCGCUACCACUCACGUUGCCUCCUGAGCUCGUCCCUCCAUCUUUCAGAGGAGGGAAGCAGAUUGACUCCAUUAAUGGAACUCUGCCUUCAUAUCAGAAAACACAGGAAGAGGAACCGCAGAAGAAAUUGCCAGUUACUUUUGAGGACAAACGGAAAGCCAACUAUGAACGAGGAAACAUGGAGCUGGAGAAGCGACGCCAAGUGUUGAUGGAGCAGCAGCAAAGGGAGGCUGAGCGCAAAGCCCAGAAAGAAAAGGAAGAGUGGGAGCGAAAACAGAGAGAACUACAAGAGCAAGAAUGGAAAAAGCAGCUGGAGUUGGAGAAACGCUUGGAGAAACAAAGGGAACUGGAGCGACAGAGGGAGGAAGAGAGGAGAAAAGAGAUAGAAAGACGAGAGAGCUGCAUCUCCUUUCCCUUGAUGAGGGAAAGAGAAUGGAUCUCUGUGUAUAAGGACAGGAAGGGCUUCAUGGCAGAGUUGUGGAAACCUGGAUCAUGUGCAGCAAAACAGGAGCUUGAAAGACAACGGCGUUUAGAAUGGGAAAGAAUCCGUCGACAGGAGCUUCUCAAUCAAAAGAAUAGAGAACAAGAGGAAAUUGUCAGGCUGAAUUCUAAAAAGAAAAGUCUCCACCUUGAACUGGAAGCAGUGAAUGGAAAACAUCAGCAGAUCUCAGGCAGACUACAAGAUGUCCGAAUCAGAAAGCAAACACAAAAGACUGAGCUAGAAGUUUUGGAUAAACAGUGUGACCUGGAAAUUAUGGAAAUCAAACAACUUCAGCAAGAACUUCAGGAAUAUCAAAAUAAGCUUAUCUAUCUGGUACCUGAGAAGCAACUAUUGAAUGAAAGAAUUAAAAACAUGCAGCUCAGUAACACACCUGAUUCAGGGAUCAGCUUACUUCAUAAAAAGUCAUCAGAAAAGGAAGAAUUAUGCCAAAGACUUAAAGAACAAUUAGAUGCUCUUGAAAAGGAAACUGCAUCUAAGCUCUCAGAAAUGGACUCAUUCAACAAUCAACUGAAGUGUGGGAAUAUGGAUGACUCUGUUCUUCAGUGCCUUUUGUCUCUGCUAAGCUGUCUCAACAACCUCUUCCUCUUACUUAAGGAACUCAGAGAAAGCUAUAAUACACAGCAAUUAGCCCUUGAACAACUUCAUAAAAUCAAACGUGACAAAUUGAAGGAACUCGAAAGGAAAAGAUUAGAGCAAAUUCAAAAAAAGAAACUAGAAGAUGAGGCUGCAAGGAAAGCAAAGCAAGGAAAAGAAAACUUGUGGAAAGAAAGUAUUAGAAAAGAAGAAGAGGAAAAACAAAAGCGACUCCAGGAAGAAAAGUCACAGGACAGAACUCAAGAAGAGGAACGAAAAACUGAGGCAAAACAAAGUGAGACAGCCCGUGCUUUGGUGAAUUAUAGAGCAUUGUACCCCUUUGAAGCAAGGAACCAUGAUGAGAUGAGUUUUAAUUCUGGGGAUAUAAUUCAGGUUGAUGAGAAAACUGUAGGAGAGCCUGGUUGGCUUUAUGGUAGUUUUCAGGGGAAGUUUGGCUGGUUCCCGUGCAACUAUGUAGAAAAAAUGCUGUCAAGUGACAAGACUCCAUCUCCUAAGAAGGCCUUACUUCCUCCUGCAGUGUCUCUUUCUGCUACCUCAGCUGCUCCCCAACCACUCUGUUCAAAUCAACCAGCACCGGUGACUGAUUAUCAAAAUGUAUCCUUCUCAAACCUUAAUGUAAACACGACAUGGCAGCAGAAGUCCGCUUUCACCCGCACUGUCUCCCCUGGGUCUGUGUCCCCCAUCCACGGACAGGGGCAGGCUGUAGAAAACCUGAAAGCUCAGGCCCUUUGUUCCUGGACGGCAAAGAAAGAGAACCACCUGAACUUCUCAAAGCACGACGUCAUCACCGUCCUGGAGCAGCAGGAAAACUGGUGGUUUGGGGAGGUGCAUGGAGGAAGAGGAUGGUUCCCCAAGUCUUACGUCAAGAUCAUUCCUGGGAGUGAAGUAAAGCGAGGAGAGCCAGAAGCUUUGUAUGCAGCUGUAAAUAAGAAACCUACCUCCACAGCCUAUCCAGUUGGAGAAGAGUACAUUGCACUUUAUUCAUACUCAAGUGUGGAGCCUGGAGACUUGACUUUCACUGAAGGAGAAGAACUACUGGUGACCCAGAAAGAUGGAGAGUGGUGGACAGGAAGUAUUGGAGAGAGAACUGGGAUCUUCCCAUCCAACUAUGUCAGACCAAAGGAUCAAGAGAAUGUUGGGAAUGCUAGCAAAUCUGGAGCAUCAAACAAAAAGCCCGAGAUCGCUCAAGUAACUUCAGCAUAUGCUGCUUCAGGGGCUGAGCAGCUCAGCCUUGCACCAGGACAGUUAAUAUUAAUCCUCAAGAAAAACUCAAGUGGGUGGUGGCAAGGAGAGCUACAGGCCAGAGGGAAGAAGCGACAGAAGGGAUGGUUUCCUGCCAGCCACGUGAAGCUGCUGGGUCCAAGUGCUGAGAGAACCACGCCUGCUUUUCACGCCGUUUGUCAAGUGAUCGCUAUGUAUGACUACAUAGCGAAUAACGAAGAUGAGCUCAACUUCUCCAAAGGACAGCUUAUUAACGUUAUGAACAAGGAUGACCCUGACUGGUGGCAAGGAGAAAUCAAUGGGGUGACUGGUCUCUUUCCUUCAAACUAUGUUAAGAUGACAACAGACUCAGAUCCAAGUCAACAGUGACCCAAUGUUGUCUUCCAGUUGAGAAAGCACCCCAGAGACCCACUAUCCACUGACUCUAGCGUGGAGGGGCAGGCAGCCCUGAUCAAAUAGCUCACACAAUCCGUUUACCUCGUUGAAUGUUAGAGCCACUUGUGAUUAUUUCUAUGUGUUUCUAAUUGACAGUUAAAAUUUAUUUGUAACAAUUUCAAGGAUAGUGGGUCUUUGUGUGGCUUUCCCUGCUGUUCUCUCUGGCAUCGUUAGCAUUUUUCUUCUUUUUUUAAGUUGGCACUUGUAGGUCAUGAGCAUGCAUAUUCAGUUUGCCCUUACAUGGUGGGAGUGCAAACACACAAAGACCCACUAUUUGCACAAGCUGUUCUCUCUGGUUUGGAAUGGUCUGCCAUGCUUCUCCAAAGCUCUUGUGAAUUGUAUACUCACCGCAGAAUUCAGGAGAUGUUCGCUUAUGUUCUGCUAUUAUAUCUGAUCUAAUCCUAAUCACAAGGGUCCAUAAUUGGCUCCGCCUGUGAUUUGCCCUCAAAUAAACCCCGUCUGUUCUUUCUAAUAUGCCACUAUGAGUACAGUAGUUAGGUCUGUUUGAAGCCAAAAACUGGAAAUAGCCUUUUCUCUAUUUUCUCUGUAAUCCGAGCAGGAGCAAUAACGUUGGGGGACCUUGCCUUGUCUCACAGAAGACGAAAGCUCUGACCAGUGAGUGCAGAGCAGCAAAUGUUCAGUCUGCCUCAGCUACCCAAGAAUUCAGGAGCGCAGGCCUAGGGAGGUUUCUUGGUGGUCUUAGGUGCUCUAGGCUGCAGAGCUCCUAAGCCACUCUAGGCUCCAGCACACAGUGCUUUAUUGAUGACGUAACAUAAUCAAGAAUGGAAAGAGGCCAUCACUGACUGUGAGGUGAGAAACUAUCCCUAUCUUGGAGCACUUAUAUUGACAAUAUAUUCUAAAGUAGAAUUUACGUUAUCUCUGUAGUCAGGUGACUACUUACCCUAGUAUACAAGGUAACACUUGUUGGCAUUCAUAAAGCAUUUAGUAAAAUCCAUAAAGAAGCCUUAAAGAGUUUAUAGCAAGCCUGAAGCAGACUUGUAGGCUUUAACCAAGGACCCCGUAGUACAGGGAGAGCACGUGAGAGCUGGCAUUCACUCCUCUGUGCCCAUGGGGCUUCUUUGAGAUUAGAAUAUUGAUGUUACUUUCCUGGUUAAUGUUCAUCUCCCACAUUGGCUACUUUGGCAUAGAAUUUUACUCCUUCCUUUGAGUGGAAAGCACCCUAAGCAUAAUAGACAUUGUUAUAAACUAAUGUAUGUGAUAGCACUUAAGCCAAUCUGAGUUUUAAUACAGUAUUAAACAUAUUUGAAUAUCAAUGAGCAGUUUAUGCAAUUUAAAACGUUUACAAAUUGCCGUGCAAUCUACUGUCUGUGAAAUGUCAGAUAAGUGUAUAUACAGUCAGAGUCUUAUUCCUCAGAGUUCUCUGAGAAAGCAAAACAUGCUUUAUACUUCUCACUUUAAUUAAAGGCAUAUUUUGUGCAAUAUUUAUGUUAAUGUGCCUAUAUAUGAUGAAUGCAUUGUUACAAUCAUACAUUGCCUAAAUCAUGACUUGAGAAAGAAAAAAAACAACAGUUUAGUUACAGUUUUACAAAACCCAAGUAUCUGUACUGGAAACGUUGACAUUGAGGUAUUAGGAGAUGUGUGUGCUCCCUGGGGUGUGGAUUUCUGUUAAGAGGGCUUAGACCACCUCCAUUUUAGCAUUCGCCAUCAUGACGGUAUUUUAUAUAACAUUCACGGAAAAGCAAUAAUUUCAAUUUACAGAUGGGUAAGAGAAUUGCCUGCAGUCACUAAGUGGCAGUGCAGAGACGGAUUCCAAACUGACUUCCCCACAGUAUACCUGAUCUUUCUUUGUGUCUCGUCAGCAUUCUGCCUUUACAUCCUUAAAUUCCAUGUGUGGCAGCUGCCUCCUGUAUAUGGCCAGCCCCACUCAUUAAUUACAUUGUUUCAUAACCUGCAUCUUUCUUAUCAUUUUUAUUUGGGGCUUCUCUACUAUUCUGAUAAAUUAUUCCCAAAGUAUUUUUAUAGGUCAGCUUUACUUCUCCAUCAUGAAAAGUAGAUUACUAGCCAAAUGUGGUGGUGCACGCCUUUAAUCCCAGUACUGGGGAGGCAGAGGUAGACAGAUCUCUGUGAGUUCAAGGCCAGCCUGGUCUACAAUGUGAGUUCAGGAUAGCCAGGGCUCUGUUACACAGAGAAACCCUGUGUCAAAACAACAACAAUAACGAAAGUAGAUUAUUGGAGCUGACGCUCAGGUUGAGCAGCAUCUACAGUCAAUCUGGAACUGUGUUCAACAGGUACCUGUGGGUUAACUCUCCCUGGCCCAACAGUCAGUGAGUCAGUACAGCAGGUAAACUCAGUGCUAACCGAGGGCUGCUCUGUAUGCUUUGUAUGCUCUGUAUGUAUGGUAUGUAUGUCACAUACCUGAGAGAAAGCUCUAAGAAAGGAAAUCGGGUGACAUGUAAUCAUUUAAAUUGUUCUUAUAAGUGCAGUACUUCAUCCAGCCAUGUAUUUGCUCUCUUCCUGACUUAAAAGAAGGUCAGCUUUCUGUUGCUAAGAGGGCGUGUACUGGAGACAUGAUUUAAACAUCAGAACACAGUGGAGGGACUUGACUUGUAGGAAACACCAGCUUAAGAGCACACCGUGCGGCAGGCAUUUCUACAGCUGUGCUUGAACUUGAUGGGGCUUCUCGCAGCGAAGAAAAGGCUACAGCCAAAGCUGUUAUUUUAGAAAACUAAAAACUAAAAAUUAACCUUACUAUGUGGUUUCUCUGAUUCUUUGAGUCCUUUUGAAAUAAUGUAAUAUUUAAACAGUAACUGUUUUACAAUACAAUUGACGCUGAGUUCAAAGGGGGAUUAGUGCCGGCGAAGGCAGAGAGACAAAGGCCAAGUGCAGUCCAGGGCUUUACUUGCCAAGUUUCCCUAGGUGAAGUUCCCCGAGGUAUGAGUUCUUGUAAAUAAGUAACAGAGUCCUGAGAAGCCUGUGCCUGGGUGGCAUUAUUAGAUGCUGCUGCUGUGAUGCUACUGUAAUGUAAUAAACUCAAAUUGUUGCAAAGUGAUGUAUUUGCCUUAAAUUUUAUUUUGUGUGUCUUGAAAACUAUAGUAUUCCAGGUCUUGAGACUGUGCAGACGCUGGGCACGCUUGGCAUGAGAUAAUCUGGUUUAUUUUUACACAGCUGUAAUAUGACUAUGCAAGUGUGUUUAUUAAAGGAACACAAACUCCA